UUCACCUUCGCAGGAUCAUUUGAAAAUUUUCCCCUUCAGAGGGGCCAGGAAACCCGAAAGUGGACUAUUUAGCAUUGACGACAGUCUGUGCUUAUAAAUAACCAUGUCAUAAGAUAAACGGCCAGUGUGAGUGCGUACGUAAUCCAACAUGUCGGAUUAUGUCGGGAACGGAAUUGAAGACCGCUUCAAUGCUGCCGUCAACGUUAUUCGUACCCUUCCAGCAAAUGGCUCGUUCCAGCCGUCCAGGGAGAUGAUGCUCCGCUUUUACGCCUUGUUCAAACAGGCGACCGUGGGUGCGUGCACGACACCGCGUCCGUAUUUCUUCGAUCCGAAAUGCGUGAAAUGGGAUGCCCAUAAUAGCCUGAAUGGCAUAUCGCGAGAAGAAGCCAUGGAAGAGUACGUUACGGAGCUGAAAAAGAUAGUGGAAAUGAUGUCCCUGACGCCCGAAGUUUCGCAGUUCUUGGAUAAGUUGGGUUCGUUUUAUGAGCUGGUGAAUGAUGAAGGGAAAAUCAUCGGUGGUGGGGAGCGCAAACAAGCACCGCUGCCAGUGGCCACCAUCAAAGCCGAGCCUGACUCGUCAUCGUCAAGCGGGGACAGUCAACUCUCGUUGGUGAACGGCUUUUCCGGGGACGCCAGGCGUUUACCACAACUAAUGGAAAGGGUUUCCAACAUGCUGAAUGCAGUGGAAAUCUCCAGCGAGGAGGACAGUGAGGAUCUCGAAGUUGAAGCAUUCCAGGACGCGGUACAUUCUGCACCACAGGAACGGCGCCUGUCCGGUGAUUCCUUCAAAUCGCAGCCGGUUUCUCCUGAGCCGACGCGUAACGAGGUGGUGGUGGCGGAUUUGAGUGUCUUUCAGACGUUGUAUCCCGAGCUGGAGCACCUGAAGAAGCGCACAGAGAAUCUCGAGCGACGAAUCAUGCAGCACGAGCAGAGACUACUUGUGGUGGAGGGGAAGGUGGACAAAAUUACCAAAGACAAGGGAAUGGCGCACUGUAACGGGACUGUACAUUCGGAUGCUGGGCGCCCAUUAUGGUCGCAGUCUCAGAACUCGGUAAUCCGCUUGCUUGGCCGCUAUUUCCAUCUGAUCGAGAUGAGGCUUCGCCGGUAUCCAGCUGCUGUAUUCCUUAUUGCCAUGGCGUGGCCUGUGGUGCUGCAUUUAGUCAUUUAUUUUUCUCAUCGCGUUCGGAAACAGCGCUAAGCGCUCGAACGUUUGUUUUGAAUCUUAUCUAGUCAGCCUUUUGAGUUAUUUAUGACGCCAAAUGACAGAAGUUGCAGUCGGUAACUGUAUGCCUGUUUUUGUGGUGCACAAGAUGAAAAUUUCUUGUGGCGGUGCCCAUUCUGGAAAGUCUGUUGUAAUUAAUAAAACCGGAUGGUAUGA